ACUUCUUCUGUUGUUUUGCACGUAUGUAUGGGUCGUGUAGUGUUUUGAACGUAAAAGUUAAAAAGCAAGUUCAAUAUGUAUUAUUAUUAGCAUUUUUAUGUACUUUUUGUUGUGCGAGGUUUCAGUAGUAGCUUGUACAACGGUAUAUCUGCGGGAGAAAGGACGUGCAAAAAUAAUUCGCAAGUGCAAUAAUAAAAAUAGCAAUAAUUAAUCAGUAAGCUUUUCACAGUUAUUUAGUUCCUGGCGAACAAAUCAAUAACUUAUUAAUUGUUGUGAUGAUAAGAUUGGACAUUUUUUAAAUUUAUGAUCAAAAUAAGUGUUUCCAGUGAUGGGGAGAAGAAGAAAGGGGUUGGAAGGUCAUAUUAUUAACUAGUUGGUUUAGGGAAUAAAAAUUGAAAAUUGUUGGAAAAGUGGGAUAAAAAUUGUAUAAUUACCGGUCGAGGACUAUUUUCUUGUCAACUUUAAAAUCUACACGAGCAGUUCGUGCCUACAUAACAAAACUUGGUGAAAAAUAUCGGAAAUUGGAGAACAACUUUAUUGCCUGCAUGAAGAAGCGGCGGACAAAGAAUUAGAAAUACUUAAACUGGACAAAAAGUGCAAUUGUUCGGCAAGAAUGGUGGCCUUAACGGAAUGCUCGCAAGGAGCGGUGCUACUUCAUAAUGAAUUUCGACGUUUCACCAACAAUAGUACAAAAUUGAGGAAGAUUUAUUCCGAAACGUUACGCUCGCUUGAUGAUAUUUCUUCCAGUGGGGUUGUUCCCAAGGAGGCGCUUAAAAUGCUGGAAACGAAGAUUAAGGAUGUCCAGCUUCAACGACCUUUGGUGGGGAGGCCGCCAUGUAUCAUCGUGCUGGGUCAAAGUGUCAAAGUUAAAGCUAUUUUAGUCAACGAGUUGUUUAGUCAGACACAUUUGCCCCUCAUGGAACCUGACCAGAGUGCUUGGAGGAUGGUCAAGUUCAGAUAUGGGAAGAAACCGCAGGUCCUGUUGACACUUGGGUCAAGCUACGAGUUGGUGGAAAAUGUGCAGGACACGCACUGGCGAGCACCGAGACAAAGGAUACGGAAAGUGGACUUGGCUGUUCCGGAUGUCGAGGCAAAAGGAAAUGUUGACGAAUGUGCCGUCGUGGAAAUGCAGUUGGAGCAUCCAAUCCUUUGCGACAAUGCGCAAGUUGUCGUCCCUCCGACUGGAAAUCUUGAGAAUUUUCAACAAAUCCUGAAAACAACGCUGGAUUCGGUGACUCCCAUUGUCAUGUAUGGCAUUUCAGAGGAUAAACUGUCCCCUGAGGACGAGCUUCAACUACUAAUUCUGCGCUGUCAGGCCCCCACCAUUCCAAUUUUCUUUGUACAAACCCCAUCUUCCGAAGAAACCUCCGGCCUCACGGAGGCCGAUUGCAACGAAAUGAUGAAACAUGGACAGCUAAACUUCACCUCGGAAAACGAUAGCGUAUCGAAGAAUCCAAACGCGCAAAAUUGUGCCUCUAUCGUCGACCAACUUGUACCUCUUGGAUUUCUACACGAGACGAAAACCUUACUGCUUCGACCCUCCAACCGACAUCAUCACCAUCAUCAUGCUCAUGCUGCCAAUUGUGGGGAAAAUUCCACCCCUUCGAUUCCUCAUGACAAAGAAGGAUUUUGGUUGCAAACGACAGAAACUUAUAAACCUGCCUGCGUUACCAGUGAGUACAUUAGCUGCCUGGAUGAUCUCCCUGUAAAAUUGGUGGAAUUUGUGCGACACUACUUGGAGUCGCAUUUGAUCUCAUUGUCAAAUCAUUUGCAUGGGGUGCACAACAGUUGUUUACAAAUGUUUAUCCUGGCUGCAUUUGAGAUGGCUCGAGAAAUGCAAAUUACACCUAAACGCCUGGAAUAUGCUCGUAUGAAGGAGUCCGAACUGUUUGAGAGUCUGAUGCAAAUUGCGGAGAAAAAGCAGGACGAAAUGUGCACCUUGAUUGCCGACACUAUUGCAGAAAGGCGAGAGGAUAUUUUACAAAAAGCAGAAGGGCAUCAAUUCAAAGGGCCAAUUCUUCGUGAGUGGGAGGGCCCACUGUCUGGAAAAUUAGUAUCUCAAUGUAUGCAAGAAAUCAGAGAAUUGGUAGUUUUGGAUCUAAACAACAUUGUGGCACAGAAACUCAUCAAAUCCGUGUACUGUUUACAUGACACUUUUCUCGGAACGUUAGAAAGGUGUGUUAACAGUUUGGAGAAGAAUUUAGAAUCUGAAGAUGACGGAGGAUUAGCGAGUGUGGCGUUAAAACAGAUCUUAACCUCCGCAUAUCAAGUUGAGGUGCCUAACCAUCAAUCCUCCUCAAUUCUUCGAGGUCUGUAUGAAAAGAUGAGACAGCUCCUCAGCUCUUUACCUUGGUCUUCCGUACCAGCCAUUGAUGCCGCGUGGCGUCGAAGCGUAGCCACCGACAUGUUGAAUUCUCUCUGCCAGAAACGUCUCGCCAAAGCGGUUUGUUCUCAACUGAGGGACAAGUUGAAAACUUCUCAUGAAACGUUUGCCGCUGCGCUUAAAAAUCUCGAAAUGCAUCACAACGAAAGAUUGGAAAGAACGGGAGAGAAAGGAUUUCGACUCCGCAAAGUGCAUGCUCCAAGGUUGGCAAGACUGGCGUUGGAAACGAGCUCAAUUGUUGAUUUUUUGAAAUUUGGAAUGCCUCACUGUGGAAAAGAGGUGGGAAGGGGUCAGUAUGGCGUGGUUUAUGCGUGUGAAAAAUGGGCCACCUUUUCUCCUUGUGCCAUAAAAUCGGUGGUUCCAAUGGACGACAAGCAUUGGAAUGACUUGGCCAUGGAAUUUUACUACAUGAGAAGUAUCCCUGAACACGAUCGGAUCGUUCGCGUCCGUGGGUCUGUGAUUGACCACUCGUACGCUGGUGGUUCAAUACCUGCAGUUCUCAUCGUAAUGGACCGACUGUCUCGAGAUCUUUAUUGCGCCUUAAAAGUUGGUCUUCCUUGGUUGAGUAGAUUACAGGUCGCUCUCGACGUUGUGGAAGGAAUACGAUUCCUCCACUCGCAGGGUCUCGUACAUCGGGACAUUAAGCUUAAAAAUAUUUUAUUAGAUUCUAACAAUCGUGCAAAAUUGACUGAUCUUGGGUUCUGUAAACCGGAAGCGAUGAUGUCGGGAUCCAUCGUUGGCACUCCGAUCCACAUGGCACCAGAGCUCUUUUCUGGCCAGUACGACAAUAGCGUUGACGUCUACGCAUUCGGGAUCCUGUUUUGGUACCUCUGCUCCGGAAAAGUAAGACUACCCCAUGCGUUUGAACAGUGCCAAAAUAAAGAACAUUUGUGGACAAGUGUUCGAAAAGGUGCAAGACCCGAGCGAUUGCCCUACUUUGAUGACGAAUGUUGGCGACUUAUGGAGUCAUGUUGGGCAGGAGAGUCAGCACAACGACCCCUCCUUGGCGUCGUUGAACCAAAAUUAAAGGGGAUUAAGAAACGAUUCUCGAAACUCUGGCUUGACAGCCAAUACCAGUCCGCCGUCCAUGACCCAUCAACCACGGACGAAUCUGUCGGAGUAGAUUCCGAGCAGGAAUUGGAAGAGAGCAGCGAUUAUCUAAAUAUUGAGAUCCCCUCACAGUUCAAAACUGAUAUCGAAACAUUAAGAAAACAAGUUCCUUCUUCUUCUUCCGGGAAUGCUGCUCAAGCUGUAACACGGAGCAAAGGCUUAGUUGAAGAGGAGGUCCGAACGGGUGAAGACGACGACGACGACACCAACGGUAACAAUACUGGGACACGGGAAAGAUAUCAAAGGUUGACGAACCCACCAAUUAAAGAAGGACGGAGAUUCAGUAAGGAGAGAGAGAGACUGUAUUAUAAUUCCAAUUAGUAUGUAUGUAUAAUUUAGUAAAUAUAUAUAUAUAUAUUCAUAAUAAUGAUCAUUAUUAAUUCAUUCAAUUUGUGAUACAAGAAAAAAAGUGAUCUAAUAUGUUAUUAUUUGGCAAUUGGCAUGAAUGACACAUUUUUAGAACAUGACAUUUUUGCUUAAAAAAUGAGACAAUAUCGCAACUUUCUAAAUUAUACAAAAAUAAAGUAGUGUUCUUCU